AUGAAUAGCAGACCGGUCGAGCAAGCUUUGAAUACUUUGAUUCCAACUCAUGCCAAUGAUUUACCAGAAGAACUUGUUAGUCUGGCUACAAACCUCGUUGCUCAAUCCCGAAGCUUCACCAGCAGUCUAAAGCCAGAAGAGGAAAUCGCCCGGCUUUAUGCCUGCGCGGAGAUUGCUUGCAGAAGACUAAGUCGAGCUCUCAAACUUCCGCCACCACUCGGCCGCCCGCCAUGUCCUCCCCGCGUAUACAAGAAGCUCUACGCAUUCUUGGACCGGUCUCUUUCCGCCAGCUCAGCUGGGAUGAAGCGAUCAGCUAGCGUUUCUGGCUCCCCACAGACUACACCAACGAAGAGAUUAGAUGUUGGACGUAGCCCUUCGAAAGUCGCCCCUACGCCCCGAGGUCUCCAGAACACCCCUUCUAAAACUACACCGCUGAAGAGAAGCGUCAGUGUCGCCAACAAUCUAGGAUCACCAUCUAAGUCUGUCCGCAAAGCCAAAACAUCUCGACUCAAUGACACCUCUUCCUCGACAGUCAUUGCAGAUGCCCCGGCGUGGGUAAUGACAGCCAUCCGGACAGUCUGCAAAAUGCUUUCCACUCCCGCUCCCCGAACAAAUACCUGGUCUCGGCCUCCCAUAUCAAGGACUCUGCCACCUCAUAUAUUUUCCGGUGUAUCUUCUAUUCUUUAUCUCUCAUCUCGCAUGUCCAAUGAUGAAGAUGAGGACAACUACGAUGAAGAGACGAUGGACUUUUUAGAACCCAUUUUAUCAAACUCCAACACAGAAAAGGACGAAGAUUUCAAGGAGUUGGUAUUUGCCAUGGUCGUUGCCGUUUACUUCCUAGUGCUAGCCCGCCGACGAAACCCAGCCCCUUCAUCGGAUGGCGAGCAGGCGGAAGGCGCACAGAAGCUGGAUAAGAAGACAUUCACCGAAAUGCGACAGACAGCUCUGACUUGUCUUGGUCUCCCUGCAACCGAGAAAAGACAUCGCGACGACGUUGAUCAAUGGAUUUCCUUGGUCAUGGAACAAGGUUGGGCAGGUGGGCAAGAAUGGUUCGAGAACAUCCCGCUCGCUGGAGACUUGGAUGGUGAAGAUGACGAGGGAAGCUCGUACCGAAAUCUCGAUGAAGAAGAUGCCUCGUUUAGAGGCGUUCAAUUGCCCAAGAGGCAAGAUACUUCCAGAGAGUCGUAUUCUUCACGAAAUAAACGCGCUCCUCGUGAUUGUCUUCUGCCAGGCUUAGGGACUAUGAUGCAAGACCGAGUUGACUGGCUAAGUGAUGAUUACCGCGAGGAUUUUGCUGAGUGGAAAUUAGACAUCAUGGCCCGAAUUGGGGGUACGCAAAGCAAGACAGCCCGAGUUGCUGCACGAUGA